UGAUAUCAUUGUCAGCUUACAAGUGAGUGCGUGCAGAGAAAACUUUCGUUCCCUUAAGUUGAGAGCUAAACAUCCAAGAAAACCAAAAUGAAGACCAUGUGUGCUAUUGCUGUCCUUGCCACAGUUUUAGUGAUGGCUAACUGUGCUCCUUAUCAAAUUGCUUAUUUGGUACCGGUAGAGGCUCCGCUAAACCGAGUAGCACGCUCGGCGCAAUUUGACGCUAGUGCAGCCAAUGCAGGUGCUCAUAGUUUCAACAGCGGCUUCGGACAUGGCGGACACGGCGGAUACGGAGGACACGGAGGACAUGGAGGACACGGUGGUCUCUCUGCAAGCGCGGCCAAUGCCGCUUCUCAAUCAUUCACUCAUGGCCACCACCAUGGACAUCCAGGAUUCAGCGGAAGUGCUGCUAACGCAGCUGCUCAAAGCUUCUCCAGUGGUGGACAUCAUGGAUUCGGUGAUUUCAGCGCAUCAGCUGCCAACGCCAACUCGCAUUCCUUCAGUGGAUAAGCAUUUUAGCUUAAACAUGGACUGGAAAAUACUCGACCUCGACCUUCCUGCAAAUACUUGGGAACAUGUAAAGUAAAAUUGUUGUGGACACCAUGCUGUGGUAAUAGAUAGAAAAGAUAUGUUUUUACAAAUCAGUCGCACACAUUUAAAUUAUUCAAUUAACGCUCAUAUCAUGACAUCGAUUAUAGACUACACAAAACAAUAAAAACAUUUUAAUGUAA